AUGUUGCUCUCCUCGGUUUUCGUGAUCGAAACCCUAUUGAUGAUACUCGUUUCUAUAGUCCAAUUUUUCCUCUUAUUAAUGUCGCUAUUUUCUAAGAAUUUUUAUGAUGCGAAAUCUGUUCAUAUAUUGGUGAUUUGUAUCCUGGCGUCUCAACUGAUGCUGAUCCCGAAUACACUGAUCCUAAAUGUCUGUGCAUUUCAAUUUCAAUUGAACGAUGAGCCAAUGUUCAAAACCUAUAGGGAAUUUGUGAUGUCGCUCAAAUGGGCCCCGAUCACCUCGUUCCAAUGUAUCUGUUUUGGACUCUGCUGCCUUAUUAGCCUAGGAAUGCUGAAUUUAACGCUCCGCGCGUUCGCUAUAGUAACGAAACGUACGGAAAUUCAGCACCUAUCCCGGCCCUACCUCGCCUAUCUGCCCCUAACUUUUGGGCCACCUCUAGCAUUUUUCUUUAGUUAUGGGAUUGUCGUUUUUAACCAGGCUGCCUUAUUGGAGAACGGUCUCCAAGUGGCACGCGGAACGCUUGUUUUUCUAGCCGCAGCUUUAUGCUAUCACUUGCUCGUUAGCUUUAUUGGAGGUAUAAUCCUCGUUAAACGCACAGAACCAGUCCGGGAGAUUAUCAUCUACCUAACUCGAGCUGUUAUCGUUUCUGGUAUUUUUGGAGGAAUUAUGGGGAUGUUUGCCUACCUGUUCCGACUCCAACCGGACACCCAGAAAUUCUGGAACUACGCUCCAAUCUUCUGCCUCUUUGUCUCCUCAUUUUCUGCCCUAAUUCCGGUGCUCUGCUACAUCUUUGGAAAUCCAAUCAGGCGCCUUAAUGAAGUCGAGGCGCCGAUGACUAACGUUUUUGUGACUAGGAAGCGA